UCAGCGGGUCUGUCCAUUGUUGGGGGAACAGAAAGCGAGUUGAGGUUGAUAUACGGGGGCCGGAGACCAGUUGCGCAUAUCAUCAGCGAACCAGCUGCAGUGCAGGCAGGCAGCAGUAGCCAACGAGUCCUGAACGCAUCCUUCCAGACAUGGGUUGCUAUGACUGCUGUAUGCGCUGUUUGGGUGGGGUGCCGUACUGCUCCCUGGUCGCCACACUGCUGUGUUUCUCUGGCAUUGCCCUCUUCUGCGGUUGUGGGCACCAGGCACUCACAGAGACAGAGAGACUCAUCGAGACGUACUUUGCCCGUAACCUUCAGGACUACAUCACACUCGCCUACAUCAUCCAGUAUUUCCAGUAUGUCAUCUAUGGUUUGGCCUCCUUUUUCUUCCUCUACUGCAUCGUGUUGUUGGCUGAGGGCUUCUACACCACAAGCGCUGCCAAGCAAACCUUUGGAGAGUUCAGGAGCACCAUGUGUGGCCGCUGCCUCAGCUCCUCGUUUAUAGUGAUGACAUACGUACUAGCUGUGCUGUGGCUGUUGGUGUUUGCCUUCUCGGCCCUGCCUGUGUACUUCUUCUACAACAUGGACGCCACCUGCCACACCAUUGAUGUUCUGACUGAGACCCCAGCGAGCAUCAACCAGCUCUGUGUUGAUGCGAGGCAAUACGGACUCCUGCCAUGGAAUGCAGUGCCCGGGAAAGCAUGUGGUAUGACUCUCUCCACUAUUUGCCAGACCAGAGAGUACCGAAUGACCUAUGACCUCUACAUUGCUGCCUUUGCCGGUGCAGGCAUCACUCUCUUGGCUCUGCUGACCUAUACUGUGUCAACCACCUAUAACUUUGCAGUGCUUCGGUAUCUUGGGAGAAAGGGCAUGGGUGCACGGUGUUAGGCUCAGCAGCUUCCUGUCUGCACUAUCACUACUUCACCAUCCACAUGGGGAUCAGAAGGGACAGCAACAAUUCUCUCCUUCCACAUCAUCAGCACAGAACCACCUGUGAUCACGGACUCUUAAAAAUGUUGUCUUUUAUAUUUUUACUUUUUUUUUGUUGGGAAGAAUGUUAUUUUUUUCUUUUCCUUUUUGUUAUUUUUUACGUGUGAGGUUUGUCUGCUACUUUUAAAUGUAGUCUUUUUUUCAGUAUUUCCAAUGCCAUGUCACCAAAAUAUUUGUAAGUUAUUGCUCUUGUUGCUUGCUGAGGUUAGUUUCUAAAAUUCAUUUCUGCUUUCCAUUGGUUGCACUCAAGACACAAAUAACAUACCACUAAUAAAUUAACACAUGUAAGAAUAUAACCACCAAUUUGCAAAGCAUGUGCUGCUAAAAAUGCAGCUGUUGCAGAGUAUAGGGAUUACAGGUUACCAUGGCGACCAUCCUUCACAUCUGGUUGCCAUGGUGGCAGACAAGCACGCACUUGCAGUCUCACACUGACCUCAGGACUUUUCUCACGGGCUGGAGAAAAGCCUCAACAAUGGAGUCGUGCCUGUUUUUAAAAGCUAGCCAAUAAGGAGCCAGUUGCGGGGGGCCACCUGCGCUACGAGCCUCUGCCCAAGGGUUAGAUUACAUGUCAAGGGAGAGGGUCCUCCGGACAAAGAGAGGGUUAGACCCCUCUAAAGCCUCAAUGCAGCUCUUCUGGGACAGCAACCCCACACACAACAGCGUCCACAUGCUGCUGCGUGACCCCCCCACCCCCGCCUCCACCCGAAUAAUUGAAGCGAUGGAUUCAGAGUGAAGGAAUUUUAGAUGAUUUUUGAAUAGUUUCUUUCUGACAAAGGGACAUGCUUGUUUAGUUUUGAUCUAGAAAGGUCUGAAAUUGUUUCUCAUAAUUGUGAGAUGGCAAAAGCACUAGGUGCUAACUUAUUGAGCGACCUCAUAUUAUUAGACCUAAGAAAACAUUGUUGAGGUGUGACUCCCCCCUACUGUUAAUGCAUGACUGAGGUACUUUUAUAGAGAUAGGACAGCUUUGUUUAGUCUCUAAUUCUUUAGGAAUUUUGUUGUAGUUAUUGUAUAACACAUUUUUUUACUUACUGUAGCUGAACUUACUACUUCUUUUACACUUUGGGUAUUACUAACUAAACCCUUUGCAGCAUAAUAAGUAGAUUAUUCCAUUUGGUGUAAGCUUUACCCAGCUGUGAGUGGUGGAUUUAUCAAAUGGCAGCUGGCUGUUUGAUGAUUAUUUUUUUGUGUUGGUAAAAUUUGAUAAUAAAAAGAAUAUUCUUUUGAAGUA